AUGGAUGGGGACGUGGACACCAUUAAACUGAAAAUUCCUAACUUUCAAGGUAAAAACGAUCCCGAGGCUUAUUUGGAGUGGGAGAAAAAGGUAGAUUGGAUUUUUGAUUGCCAUAGCUAUUCUGAACACAAGAAGGUGAAAUUGGUGAUAAUUGAGUUUACGGAGUAUGCAUUGAUUUGGUGGGAUCAAAUUGUAAUCAGUAGGAGGAGGAAUAGGGAGCGACCUGUUCAGACUUGGGGGGAGAUGAAAGUCUUAAUGAGGAGAAGAUUUAUGCCAAACCACUGUUACAGAGACUUAUAUCUAAAGCUCCAAGGUGAUAUGAUCCAAGCAAGUUCAAAUUUGGAUUUUGAUGUAAAAUGUGCAACUAUCCAAUUUUACGGCAACAAUCAUAAUUCUGUGCGACGUGGUACCAAUGCAAGCAAGUCACAUCUUGUUGGGGAGACCAUGGUGUAUGAUGAUCAAAUAAAGCUAAAAAGUGAGCAUGAGGCGAUGGGGAGAGAAAAUCAAGGUGAGGAACAAGGGGAGAGAAGACCAUCAGAUUCGGCUAGAACUCAAACCACUGCAACCGAUUCGGCCACCCAUCCAAACACAAACAAAUAUUUAGCCAACACUCUAAACAAAUCAAACCAUUCGACCACAACUCAAAAACACCCAAAUCUGGCCGAGAUUGGAGGUAAGACAAGAGGAGUGAAGAAAGUCAGUAAGGGUGAUGAGAAUUGUGUGGAAAAACUAAAGAAACAACCCAAUUUUUAUGCUCAAGACAGUGAGGUCAGAUUUGCAUUUUUCACUAACAAGCCAAUGAUAUUACUUCUGUACUUUAAUAAUAAUGAUCUUGAUCAUAUUGUGCCUAGUGUUGUUAUUGCUUUGUUGCAGGAGUUUGAUGAUGUGUUCCUCGACGAUACUCUUAGCGGAUUACCACCAUUGAGGGGGAUAGAGCAUCAGAUUGAUUUCGCACUCGAAGCUUCAAUUCCUAAUCGACCAGCCUAUAGAAGCAAUCCCGAGGAGACGAAGGAGCUUCAAAGGCAAGUUGAUGAGCUGAUAGAAAAGGGCUAUAUUUGUGAGAGUAUGAGCCUGUGUGCUGUACCCGUGCUACUUGUACCUAAGAAGGAUGGAACAUGGAGGAUGUGUGUUGAUUGUCGAGCCAUCAACAACAUAACGGUAAAAUAUAGACACCCCAUUCCUAGGCUUGAUGACAUGUUAGAUGAGUUACAUGGAUCCUAUAUUUUCUCUAAAAUCGACUUGAAAAGUGGGUACCAUCAAAUUAGAAUGAAAGAAGGUGAUGAGUGAAAAACAACAUUUAAGAUUAAGCAUGGUUUGUAUGAAUGGUUAGUAAUGCUGUUUGGACUUACAAAUGCACCUAGUAUGUUUAUGCAUUUAAUGAAUCAUUGUUGCAAAAUUGUGUUUCUUGGCUAUGUUGUAACUGCACAGGAUAUCGAGAUGGAUGAGGAGAAAGUUAAGGCCAUCCGGGAUUGGCCUACACCCAAAUUGUCCUUGAAACAUCUGAAAGGACAAGGUAAGUUGAAUAGGAGGCAUGUAAAAUAGGUUGAAUUCAUUGAAACUUUUCCUUAUGUAAUCAAGUAUAAGCAAUGCAAAGAGAACAUCGUAACUAAUGCACUUUCAUGCAGGUAUGUUCUUUUACACACAAUGAAUACUAGAUUGCUAGGCUUUAAAUAUGUGAAGGAAUUGUAUGAUAAUGAUUCUGACUUUGCCAAGAUUUAUAAUGCAUGUGGACAUUCGACUUUUGGUAAGUUUUAUUUGAUGGAUGGUUAUUUGUUCAAAGAGAAUAAAUUGUGUGUUCUUGCUAGCUCUUUGCGUGAAUUGCUUGUUCGUGAAGCACAUGGAAGUGGUUUAAUGGGUCAUUUUGGGGUUGCGAAAACCUUGGAU